AGGGAGUAACUUCUUGAGCUGUCGUGUGAUUACGCAUGCAAAAAGUUAAACUUUCGCGCGUGAAAAGUAUCCCUUCAUCAAGUCCACACAACACCAACCCAGGACCACCAGAUAGUAGUAGAUUACAAAAUGGCGCAAGUCUACCCCAUCAUCUUCGAUAACAUCGACUCCGAAACAUCAACAGUCUGCACCUCUCCCACCGUCUGCACAACAUCUCCCGUCUGCACCCCCUCAACAACAACCUCAAACCCCACCACAACCAAGGAGCACCAAAAAUGGGAAAGCUUCCAAUCCUCAAUCCCCUGGCCCGGCCGCACAUUCAUCAUCCGCUCCCACGACACAGGCCAAGUAAUUACCUUCCUCGACGGCGAAAUCAUCCUCGACAAACCCGGCGGUUUCGGCACCUUCCGUUGGCGCUGCGUCGAGAGGAGAGGAUGGCUGGGCUUCCGGGACCCGGUUUCCGCGCGGUACAUGGGGUACGAUAGUCGCGGCUGGAUCCGGUGCGCGGUCGACACGCAUAAUGACCGGGAGUAUAUAUGUGUGAGGAAGCGGCCCGAGGGCGGGUAUGUGCUAUUGGUGCUUGUGGAAAACAAGCUUUUGCCGAUGGGGGUUUGUGCGCAGGAGACGGCGGGUGUGGUGAGGCAGAGGGUUAAGAUUAGGGAUUGGAAUUCGGAGGGGACUGUGUGGGAUUUUAUUGAAGUGCCGUGUCCAUCGGUUUGAAGGGUGGGGGUAAUAGGGGGAAGAGUUUGUAACUUUAGGGCGUUGUGGCUCGGCUGAUAUAAGCUGGAUUUGGGGCGAAAGAGUAGAGCAAGAGUACUGGGAUAUGGAGAACUUCUAUUACAUAUGGGAUCCGCUGAGAAGUUGCAGAUAUUAACAAGAUGUGGGGAUCAUAGCGGGCCUGGAUACAUCAGAUCUGACAUGGGUAGACACUGUCGAUUGGUGAACGGCCACUAGUGUUUGGGAGUUUGGGGCAUCAAGAUUCUGAAUACAUGGGCCAGGAAGGAGUGAAAUCUGCUCAGUUUUACUCUAUCAUGAUGUUUUGGAGCUACAUUUACGGACAUUGUGAGAAAAUUGAAAAGAAGAAGAACAAGGGAAAGAACAUGGAGACAGUCAGUGGCGAGCGGUAGGUCCCGCUUAUGGCGUCUUGGUGAUUAUCAAGUAGUAGAAUCAACACAUUUUCUUCGUAGAAAUAAAACCCAUG